CAAUCCUUUCUAACAAUCUACCAGCAUGUCCCGAACCUCGUACGACAGAUACCUCACCGUCUUCUCCCCAGAAGGCCGUCUCUACCAAGUCGAGUAUGCGUUCAAGGCUAUCUCAGGCUCGGGACAAACAUCUAUUGCUGUUCGUGGCAAGGAUACCAGCGUCGUGUUGACGCAGAAGAAAGUGCCCGACAAGCUCCUUGACCCUGCGACUAUAACCCACCUAUUCUCCAUCACGCCUUCAAUAGGAUGCGUAAUAACAGGUCGAAUUGCUGAUGGCCACGCCCAAGUAACACGCGCACGCGCCGAAGCAGCCGAGUUCCACUACAAGUACGGCUACGAAAUCAGUCCUGAAGCCCUAGCACGUCGACUCGCGAAUAUCAAUCAAGUAUAUACCCAGCGUGCAGCUAUGCGUCCACUCGGGAUCGCCAUGACACUAAUCGGCAUCGACGACGAGUACGGUGCCCAAUGCUUCAAACUCGACCCAGCAGGGUACUACGUCGGGUUCCACGCAACAGCCGCAGGCCAAAAACAACAAGAAGCAAUGAACCACCUCGAGAAGAAAUGGAAGAAGCUGGAUAACGGCGCUGGUGCAGACGAUGCGAUCGCUGCUGGACAAUCCUUAAAUCGGGCAGAUGUCAUUGAGAUGGCAAUCGAAGCAAUCGCAACCGUCUACUCACAAGACUUCAAAGCCGGGGAGAUCGAAAUCGGUAUCGUCUCAACCUCAGAAGACGAACCAGAGGAAUCAAGAGGGAAGUGGCGCGUGAUGGACGUCGUUGAGGUCGAGCGUCAUUUACUCGCAUAUGCCGAGAAGGAUUAGGCAUUAGUUUUGUAGCUUGAGUGUAGACACAAACAGGGACGAAUUCGGUUUUUUGUCUUUCUCUUAUUUGUGCAAUAUCAAUAUCAAUAUCCC